AUGGCCAGAUCAACAAACAGAAGCGCCAAGGAUGGGGAUUCAAGGGUGUCCGCUACCACGGACCGGGCAGAGGCGCGGGACCUGAGAGACCCCAGAGAACUGUCUCUUGAAGAAGUGCUGAAAUCUUACGAGCAGCCCAUAAACGAGGAGCAGGCUUGGGCGGUCUGUUAUCAAUGCUGCAGCGGGCUGAGAGUGCCGCACCCCGCCACUGUGACCAGUGUAGUUUACCUGGUGAAGGACCCGUCCUCUAUACUCCUACUCAGGGAUGGGACGGUUUCCCCACAGCAAGAACCCUGCAACAACGGUAAGAGAGCUUUGUUAGCUCAUCUUAUUUAUUUAUCUAACUUCCUGACUGUCCUGUGCUGCACCAAAAUACCUUCAUUAAAACUAUAGCCUAAAAUAUUAUUUAUUAUAGGCCUUUCAGCUAUUGCUCAAUGAAUUUGAUAGGCUAUUGAUUCCCUAUUUGUAGGCUAUAAUUGCAACAUGGUAUAUUGUUUUGAAUGGGCAAUUCACACUAAAUGCGUCAGUUGCACUCCCUCCCCACACAGGGAUGGCUUGGAUUGGCAAUUAUUCAUACAGUGCAAUUCCCCCAUGUAUCGAUUUGUUACAGAAGGUUUAGACUUUAGAGGUAUUGUGCAGAUUUGUAAUCUGUUUACCAUUCACAAGUGAUUUGGUUAUAGGAUCCCUUUGGAUGCCAAGAAAAUACCAGCAUGCUCUAUGGGCCUAGGGCCCAAAGAAAAACUAGAAAAACUAACUGGGCCAUGACAUGAUAAGAUAAAGGAUACAACUGGGAGUGGAAAGAGAUAGUAGGGUAGUAAAUUACGAAAUGUUGCAACAUUAAGGGUGACCAUGGAAAUAACACAUACAUUAGAGAAAAAUAUGAAAUCACAAUCACUUUCUAUUUCAUUUUAAAUGGGCUACUUUGUAAGAGGUAAUACAAGUAGCGUAAACAAAACACAGAAAUGAUGUCACAACACCUUGGACAAAAGGUCAUCCAGUAGUUUAGGCUAUAGAUCAGUUGUUGAGACAGAGUUGUAUAGGCCCAAAUAUAGAAAUACUUUUUUGUUUUUAUUAUUAUUGGACAAUGACAAAAGUAUAUAAUGAACAAUGUAAAUCACAAUUAAUAACAGAGACAGUUGUUGAUAGCCCACUACAGGGUCAGGGUCACUGUGGUCAUCUUGUCUUGGGAGUGUUUCUUGGACGUUUUUGUUGUCUACAUUUAUGGGACCAUUUCCAGAAGUUAGUCAGUCAAUUUAAUGGGCGCAACAAAGGAUAUUACUGCAUAGUACAUGUGUCCUUGCUGAUGACCCAAUUGUAUUGCAUUAUUGAUGCAGUUGGUCAGUAUGGGUACAGUUGGAUACUUAUGAUGUUCUGGACUUUCAUCACACAUCACAAUCUGUCUGGUCAUCACAAUUACUUAACCCUGGCAAAUGAGUGAGUAAUGAAGUAGGCUAUAGGGAUUGUUGGUAAAGGGUUAAGGUUAGGCUACUAAGGGUGUGUUUUAUACUGAGUAUGAAUGAGGUCACCAGGAAGUUGAUGUUUUUGUAUUUGGAUUGUACCUGGUGAGGUCACUAGUAAUCUCACUCUCUCUAUAUUCUGUCCCGUGCCCUCUCUUUUCCCUAUAGUUCUCUCUGAUGCACGUAUUAAAAUAAAUAAAUAAAUAAAAUGUGUUCCUCCCUCUGUUUUUUAUGUUAAUUUCUUGUCCCCCAUAUUUCCAUGGCAACAGAUGGCAUGGUCCAUAUUUUGAGUGGGGGAAAUCACAGGGGCAGCAGACAUAAAACCGCUCCAAAAUAGAUGAAAUCUUGAAAACAUUGCCUGAAAGAGAAAUAAGGCUGCGUUGACACAGGCAGCCCGAUUCUCAUAUUAUUUCCACAAAUUGGUCUUUUGACCAAUCACAUCAGAUCUUUUCACAUCAGAUCUUUUUCAGAGCAUAUCUGAUUGGCAAAUUAGGUAAAAAAAUAUCAGAAUUGGGCUGCCUCUCUAAAUGCAGCCUAACUAUCAUCACCAGACAUGCACAAGAUGAAAGACUCCAUGUUCUCUCUGAGACACUGUCUGUGUCAUUGGUUACGUGACCCUGACCGGCCAUAAUGAAACCUGUCUAAUGGUUCAGAAAGGAUCUAUUACUCUGCUUCUGAGGGGCUUGAAUAGAAAUGUCUUUACCCUCCUGAAAGAGAACAGUACUACCACUUUGUGUCAGGCAGACUCUUUGCCCACGGCACGGAUAUAUUUAGAUAGGCUCUGUUAAUCUGGGCCUAGCCCAGUGCUUUGUUCUGGACAGAAAGAGCAGCACUGACCCCUCACCCAGCCCUCUCCACUAGUCUCCGGUUCUGCCAGGCUGCUGUGCUGAACGUGUAGUUUCAGGCCUCCCGGGUGUCAUUACUGACAUCUGAGCCCUGCACUCCCCUGUACACACGGGCUAGCUAAGUUGUGACUGCAGCACAUGAGCUAUAUAGAAUGUAAUGACUGUGAAAUAAAAAAUUCGCAUUUUAGAGUCAUAAAGGGAUCAAUGGUGGGAAAAUGACGCAUUUUGUCUGUAUUUUCUACUGUAUAUCAUAUGUUCUAUUCAUAUUUAGACCCAUGAAAUGCAAAGUAACCCAAAGCUAUAUUAAGGAGUUAUAACCUUUUUCAGAUCUAAAAAGCCAAUAUUUCUCAGAUCAAUACAGAAUAUAUUGUAUCAACAAUGUGUGAAAUAAAUGGAGCGCUCCAGACCAUGUCAGGGAGGAGAGCAGGCAUAAACAGUUUUUGUUGCUGAGGUAAUGCAGCUGCAUGCCUACUUUCUUGUCUUCAUAGAUGACACAGAUGGACCUCCCCUCCCACCAAUCGCAGAGCGCCAGGUGAGUUUCUGAACCCCUCAUUCCUACCCUGUAAUACACAACCCACUGUCAUAGGUGAAUGUCAGUCUUUUCCCUCUUUUCUCAACUAUAAAUCCACGUCUGCUCUGCCAGUCUCCAUAUUUGGAGCUGUCCCUUUUCCCUCCACCUCAAGGCCUCCAGCUGUUCAGUCCUAUUUAUUUCCUCUAUCACUUGUUUCUGUUUCCUCAGCUGGUUCAGUCUCUGGGCGUGGCCAUCUACCAGGCCCUGGACUGGGGACUAGAUGACAGUGAGGAGCGGGAGCUGAGUCCUCAGUUGGAGCGGCUCAUUGAGCGCAUGGUGGGAGGAGAUCACAGCCUGGGGGCUGACUGCAGCGGUGGCAACGGAACAACAGAUGAGGGCUACAGUGGACAGGAGGAGGAGGAAGAGGAAGAGGAGGGAGAAAAGGGGCCUAUAAGACCAGUGUGUACAUUCAGCCAGGUGAUGACACUGUGCGCCUCCAGAUUGGCCAACCCUGCCCUUGCUCCAGAGCACUACCAGGCCGUGUGCCGAGCCUUGUUUGUUGAGACUCUUGAGCUACAAACCUUCCUGAUCAAAAUCCGAAAUGCCAAGGAGGUAUGUUCCUGAUUUUGUCUCUAUAUCAGAGAUUACAGAGCCGUCAUGUGUCUCGUGUAGCUCAGUUGGUAGAGCAUGGCGCUUGCAACGCCAGGGUUGUGGGUUCGAUUCCCACGGGGGACUAGUAUGAAAAUGUAUGCACUCACUAACUGUAAGUCGCUCUGGAUAAGAGCGUCUGCGAAAUAACUCAAAUGUAAAUGUAAAGCUCUGAAAUUAUUUUGAACUGAAUAGUGGUGUUAUUACCAGUGUAUUAUCAUAUCUCUGUAGAUGCUGAAGAAGAUCAAAGGAGAGGAUCCUCAGGAAGAUCGGGCUGAGAUCGAUGCACUGAAACGCACAGACUGGGUGAGAUUCAGAGAGUGUGUGUGUUUGUCUGUGUCACUGUGUGUGUAGGUGAGGAUAUGUUCCUUCAUUGGGUUGAUGGGGUGUGUGAGGUACAUGAGGGCUUAUGUGUGAGUGUACACUGCCUUUAGAAAGUAUUCACACCCCUUGACUUUUUCCAAAUUGUAUUGUUUUGCAAAGUGGGAUUAAAAUUGAUUUAAUUGUAAUUUUUGGUCAAUGAUUUACAUAAAAUACUCUGUAAUUCAAAGUGGAAGAAAAAGUCUUAAAAAUUUUUUUUUGUUAAGUAUGAAAAUCAAACAGUAAUACUGUAUAUCUUGAUUAGAUAAGUAUUCACCCCCCUGAGACAAUACAUGUUAGAAACACCUUUGGCAGGGAUUACAGCUGUGAGUCUUUUUGGCUAAGUCUCUUAAGAGUUUUGCACUGCUGGAUUGUACAAUAUUUGCCCAUUAUUAUUUUUUAAAUUCUUCAAGUUGGUUGUUGAUCAUUGCUAGAAAGCCAUUUUCAAGUCUUGCCAUAGACUUUCAAGCCGAUUUAAGUCAAAACUGCAACUAGGCCACUCAGGAACAUUCAAUGUCGUCUUGGUAAGCAACCCCAGUGUAGAUUUGGCCUUGUGUUUUAGGUUAUUGCUGAAAGGUGAAUUUGUCUCCCAGUUUCUGUUGGGAUGAAGACCGAACCAGGUUUUCCUUUAGGAUUUUUCAGUUUCUUUUUAUCCCAAAAAAAACUAUGUAGUCCUUGCCGAUGACAAGCAUACCCUUAACAUGAUGCAGCCACCACCAUGCUUGAAAAUAUGAAGUGAUACUCAGUGAUGUGUUGGAUUUGCCCCAAACAUAACGCUUUCUAUUCAGGACAAAAAGUUAAUUUCUUUGCCACAUUUGCAGUAUUACUUAAGUGCCUUGUUACAAACAGGAUGCAUGUUUUGGAAUAAUUUUAUUCUGUACAGCCUUCUUUCUUUUCACUCUGUGAUUUAGGUUAGUAUUGUGGAGUAACUACAAUGUUGUUGAUCCAUCCUUACUUUUCUCUUGUCACAGCCAUUUAACUCUGUAACUGUUUUAAAGUCACCAUUGGCCUCAUUGCUUUAUCUUGGCCUGGUCGCAGUUGUAAAUGAGAACUUGUUCUCAACUGGCUUACCUGGUUAAAUAAAGGUUAAAUAAAAAAAUAAAAAAUAAAAAAUUGUGAAAGCCCUGAGCGGUUUCCUUCCUAACUGGCAACUGAGUUAGGAAGGACGCCUGUAUCGUUGUAGUGACUGGGUGUAUUGAUACACCAUCCAAAACCUAAUUAAUAACUUCACCAUGCUCAAAGGGAUAUUCAACGUCUGUUAUUUUUUGUACUUUUUUUAUUUACGUCUACCAAUCGGUGCCCUUCUUUGCAAGGCAUUAAAAAACCUCUCUGGACUUUGUGGUUGAAUCUGUGCUUGAAAUUCACUACUCGUUUGAGUGACCUUACAGAUAAUUGUAUGUGUGGGGUACAGAGACUGUGUAGUCAUUCAAAAAUCAUGUUAAACACUAUUAUUGCACACAGAGUGAGUCCAUGCAACUUAUUAUGUGAUUUGUUAAGCACAUUUUGACUCCUGAACUUAUUUAGGCUUGCCAUAACAAAGGGGUUGAAUACUUAUUGACAUUUUCUACAAACAAAAUUCCACUUUGACAUUAUGGGGUAUUGUGUGUGACACAAUCUCAAUUUAAUCCAUUUUAAAUUCAGUCUGUAACACAACAGAAUGUGGAAAAAGUAAAGGGGUAUGAAUACUUUCUGAAGACACUGUAUAUGUGUAUUUCAGACUCGUCUCUGGGUCCAGUUGAUGAAGGAGCUGAGACAGGGGGUGAAGCUGAAGAAGGUGCAGGAGCAUGAGUUUGACCCACUGCCCACUGAGUUCAGCCUCACACCCUUUGAGAUGCUCAUGCAGGACAUCCGCACCCGCAAGUUCCAGCUGCGGAAAGUCAUGGUGAGCUGGGUAUUGGUACUGAUAGAGGACUCUUGAUCAAUGGAUUAGACAGAAUGAACACAGAAUUAUACAACCUAUAAUUCAACCCAUUUUCAUGGGAAAUGUAGUUAUUUAUGUAUGACAGUAGUUAUUUCUCCUGUAUUUAUCUCCCUGCCCUCGCUUAUUUUCUCUCUGAAGGAGGAUGGUGACAUCCCCACACGAGUGAAAAGAAAUGCCCAUGAGCUUAUUUUGGACUUCAUCAGGUCUCGCCCUCCACUGAAACCAGUGAGUGUCCCUUCAAUUACAAUUUAUUCUGUUGACUAGGGUGACCACAUGUCCCAGAUUGUGCGGGACAGUCCUGCAUUUUGUCCCUUUUUCCUGCAACCAAACAAUCAUGUCCUGCAUUUUAUCAACAAAUUCAAACACCACUACUUUAGAAAAAAAGGUAGAUUUGUCCCAUAUUUCAGUCAGAAAUUCGAACCUGUCUCUUGCAGUCACGUUGGCUUAUGAAAAUAUAUAUAUUAUAAGGAUGUAGUACUGGUGAGGUUAAACACUUCUCCAAUCGUUGUUGAAAUCUGAUAUUAUGCGCAGCACAAGACGAGACCUAGGCAAUGUCAUAGGCCUAUCGUCAACCAAUCACAUUUUUCUAAAUCCUUUCGGGCUAAAUUUCAGCUAAACUUGGAGAGGACUACGGAAGUCCAGAGAGGACAUAUGAAUAAAAAAAGUAUUCCCUCAUUAUGUCGAGAUCAAGACUUAUUUAUCUCAUGAUCACGACAUAACAACAGUUGUUUUGUCGAGAUCACAAGAUAAACUCUAUAAAUAGGAGUAGACGUAUUGAUGAUAGAUUGACAGCUGUGUCAUAGUGGACCAAAGGCAGUAAGAUCUAAGACCUUUGAUUAGAGCACAUCUGUUGUAAGUAGAUGUGUGCUAGUAUAUAGGCCUGGACCUUCUUAUCAAAGCUCUGGCAAUAAAAGGCAAACAGUGGCAAACUGAGGAAUUACAAAUUCCAAACAAACUGCACGUUACAGUAUGUAUCUAGUCAGUGAGAUGAUUUUUAUUACUGGAUGAAUGGUGGAGCUGUCCUUCAACACCACAACAUUUUCCCCACCAUUUAUGGCUGAAAUGACAAAUAGACUGUAGCCUUCAUGAAAUGUUGGAGUAUUUAGAAACCUCAGCAUGUGAUUCACUUCACCUGUUUUAGUAUUUAUAUUUUUCUGUACUACUUGUUAAUUGUUGUUUGUAACUGUGUUUUUGCUGCUAUUGACAGAAAAACCUCCCUGUUAAAACGAUUAACUCCACAGCGGAGAUUGGAGUAUCUGUCUAUAGGACCACUUUAAACCGUACACUCCACAGAGCUGGGCUUUACGGAAGAGUGGCCAGAAAAAAGUCAUUGCUUAAAGAAAAAAAUAAGCAAACACGUUUGGUGUUCACCAAAAGGCAUGUGGGAGACUCCCCAAACAUAUGGAAGAAGCUACUCUGGUCAGAUGAGACUAAAAUUGAGCUUUUUGGCCAUCAAGGAAAACGCUAUGUCUGGCGCAAACCCAACACCUCUCAUCACCCCGAGAACACCAUCCCCACAGUGAAGCAUGGUGGUGGCAGCACCAUGCUGUGGGGAUGUUUUUCAUCGGCAGGGACUGGGAAACUGGUCAGAAUUGAAGGAAUGAUGGAUGGCGCUAAAUACAGGGAAAUUCUUGAGGGAAACCUGUUUCAGUCUUCCAAAGAUUUGAGACUGGGACGGAGGUUCAGCUUCCAGCAGGACAAUGACACUAAGCAUACUGCUAAAGCAACACUCGAGAGGUUUAAGGGGAAACAUUUAAAUGUCUUGGAAUGGCCUAGUCAAAGGCCAGACCUCAAUCCAAUUGAGAAUCUGUGGUAUGACUUAAAGAUUGCUGUACACCAGCUUGAAGGAGCUGGAGCAGUUUUGCCUUGAAGAAUGGGCCAAAAUCCCAGUGGCUAGAUGUGCCAAGCUAAUAUAGACAUAGCCCAAGAGACUUGCAGCAGUAAUUGCUGCAAAAGGUGGCUCUACAAAGUAUUGACUUUGGGGGGGUGAAUAGUUACAGUGGGGAAAAAAAGUAUUUAGUCAGCCACCAAUUGUGCAAGUUCUCCCACUUAAAAAGAUGAGAGAGGCCUGUAAUUUUCAUCAUAGGUACACGUCAACUAUGACAGACAAAUUGAGAAAAAAAAUCCAGAAAAUCACAUUGUAGGAUUUUUAAUGAAUUUAUUUGCAAAAUAUGGUGGAAAAUAAGUAUUUGGUCACCUAGAAACAAGCAAGAUUUCUGGCUCUCACAGACCUGUAACUUCUUCUUUAAGAGGCUCCUCUGUCCUCCACUCGUUACUUGUAUUAAUGGCACCUGUUUGAACUUGUUAUCAGUAUAAAAGACACCUGUCCACAACCUCAAACAGUCACACUCCAAACUCCACUAUGGCCAAGACCAAAGAGCUGUCAAAGGACACCAGAAACAACAUUGUAGACCUGCACCAGGCUGGGAAGACUGAAUCUGCAAUAGGUACGCAGCUUGGUUUGAAGAAAUCAACUGUGGGAGCAAUUAUUAGGAAAUGGAAGACAUACAAGACCACUCAUAAUCUCCCUCGAUCUGGGGCUCCACGCAAGAUCUCACCCCGUGGGGUCAAAAUGAUCACAAGAACGGUGAGCAAAAAUCCCAGAACCACACGGGGGGACCUAGUGAAUGACCUGCAGAGAGCUGGGACCAAAGUAACAAAGCCUACCAUCAGUAACACACUACGCCGCCAGGGACUCAAAUCCUGCAGUGCCAGACGUGUCCCCCUGCUUAAGCCAGUACAUGUCCAGGCCCGUCUGAAGUUUGCUAGAGUGCAUUUGGAUGAUCCAGAAGAGGAUUGGGAGAAUGUCAUAUGGUCAGAUGAAACCAAAAUAUAACAUUUUGGUAAAAACUCAACUCGUCGUGUUUGGAGGACAAAGAAUGCUGAGUUGCAUCCAAAGAACACCAUACCUACUGUGAAGCAUGGGGGUGGAAACAUCAUGCUUUGGGGCUGUUUUUCUGCGAAGGGACCAGGACGACUGAUCCGUGUAAAGGAAAGAAUGAAUGGGGCCAUGUAUCGUGAGAUUUUGAGUGAAAACCUCCUUCCAUCAGCAAGGGCAUUGAAGAUGAAACGUGGCUGGGUCUUUCAGCAUGACAAUGAUCCCAAACACACCGCCAGGGCAACAAAGGAGUGGCUUCGUAAGAAGCAUUUCAAGGUCCUGGAGUGGCCUAGCCAGUCUCCAGAUCUCAAUCCCAUAGAAAAUCUUUGGAGGGAGUUGAAAGUCUGUGUUGCCCAGCGACAGCCCUAAAACAUCACUGCUCUAGAGGAGAUCUGCAUGGAGGAAUGGGCCAAAAUACCAGCAACAGUGUGUGAAAACCUUGUGAAGACUUACAGAAAACGUUUGACCUGUGUCAUUGCCAACAAAGGGUAUAUAACAAAGUAUUGAGAAACUUUUGUUAUUGACCAAAUACUUAUUUUCCACCAUAAUUUGCAAAUAAAUUCAUUAAAAAUCCUACAAUGUGAUUUCCUGGAUUUUUUUCUUCUCAAUUUGUCUGUCAUAGUUGACGUGUACCUAUGAUGAAAAUUACAGGCCUCUCUCAUCUUUUUAAGUGGGAGAACUUGCACAAUUGGUGGCUGACUAAAUACUUUUUUCCCCCACUGUAUGCACGCUCAAGUUUUGUUUCACCCCAAAAAGUAUUUUGCAUCUUCAAAGUGGUAGGCAUGUUGUGUAAAUCAAAUGAUACAACCCCCCCCAAAAAAUUCAAAUGUAAUUCCAGGUUGUAAGGCAACAAAAUAGGAAAAAUGCCAAGGAGGGUGAAUAAUUUCGCAAGUCACUGUAUAACUACAUUUACAUUUACAUUUUCGUCAUUUAGCAGACGCUCUUAUACAGAACGACUUACAAAUUGGUGCAUUCACCUUAUGAUAGCCAGUGGGACAACCACUUUAUAAUAUUUUUAUUUAAUUUUUUGGGGUGGGGUAAGGGGGGGUAGAAGGAUUACUUUAUCCUAUCCCGGGUAUUCCUUAAAGAGGUGGGGUUUCAAGUGUCUCCGGAAGGUGGUGAGUGACUCCGCUGUCCUGGCGUCAUGAGGGAGCUUGUUCCACCAUUGGGGUGCCAGAGCAGCGAACAGUUUUGACUGGGCUGAGCGGGAACUGUGCUUCCGCAGAGGUAGGGGGGCCAGCAGGCCAGAGGUGGAUGAACACAAUGCCCUCGUUUUGGGUGUAGGGACUGAUCAGAGCCUGAAGGUACGGAGGUGCCGUUCCCCUCACAGCUCCGUAGGCAAGCACCAUGGUCUUGUAGCAGAUGUGAGCUUCAACUGGAAGCCAGUGGAGUGUGCGGAGGAGCGGGGUGACGUGAGAGAACUUGGGAAGGUUGAACACCAGACGGGCUGCGGCGUUCUGGAUGAGUUGUAGGGGUUUAAUGGCACAGGCAGGGAGCCCAGCCAACAGCGAGUUGCAGUAAUCCAGACGGGAGAUGACAAGUGCCUGGAUUAGGACCUGUGCCGCUUCCUGUCUAAGGCAGGGUCGUACUCUGCAAAUGUUGUAGAGCAUGAACCUGCAGGAUCGGGUCACCGCCUUGAUGUUAGCGGAGAACGACAGGGUGUUGUCCAGGGUCACGCCAAGGCUCUUUGCACUCUGGGAGGAGGACACAACGGAGUUGUCAACCGUGAUGGCGAGAUCAUGGAAUGGGCAGUCCUUCCCCGGGAGGAAGAGCAGCUCCGUCUUGCCGAGGUUCAGCUUGAGGUGGUGAUCCGUCAUCCACACUGAUAUGUCUGCCAGACAUGCAGAGAUGCGAUUCGCCACCUGGUUAUCAGAAGGGGGAAAGGGGAAGAUUAAUUGUGUGUCGUCUGCGUAGCAAUGAUAGGAGAGGCCAUGUGAGGAUAUGACAGAGCCAAGUGACUUGGUGUAUAGCGAGAAUAGGAGAGGGCCUAGAACUGAGCCCUGGGGGACACCAGUGGUGAGAGCACCUGGUGCGGAGACAGAUUCUCGCCACGCCACCUGGUAGGAGCGACCUGUCAGGUAGGACGCAAUCCAAGAGUGAGCCGCGCCGGAGAUGCCCAACUCGGAGAGGGUGGAGAGGAGGAUCUGAUGGUUCACAGUAUCAAAGGCAGCAGAUAGGUCAAGAAGGACGAGUGCAGAGGAGAGAGAGUUAGCUUUAGCAGUGCGGAGAGCCUCCGUGACACAGAGAAGAGCAGUCUCAGUUGAAUGACCAGUCUUGAAACAAGGCUGGUUUGGAUCAAGAAGGUCAUUCUGGGAGAGAUAGCAAGAGAGUUGGCUAAAGACGGCACGCUCAAUAGUUUUGGAGAGAAAAUAAAGAAGGGAUGCUGGUCUGUAGUUGUUGACAUCAGAGGGAUCGAGUGUAGGUUUUUUGAGAAGGGGUGCAACUCUCGCUCUCUUGAAGACGGAAGGGACAUAGCCAGCGGUCAAGGAUGAGUUGAUGAGCGAGGUGAGGUAAGGGAGAAGGUCUCCGGAAAUGGUCUGGAGAAGAGAGGAGGGGAUAGGGUCAAGCGGGCAGGUUGUUGGGUGGCCGGCCUUCACAAGUCGCAUGAUUUUACUGGAGAGAGAGGGGAGAAAGAAGUCAAAGCAUAGGGUAGGGCAGUGUGAGCAGGAACAGCGGUGUCAUUUGACUUAACAAACGAGGAUCGGAUGUCGUCAACCUUCUUUUCAAAAUGGUUGAUGAAGUCAUCCACAGAGAGGGAGGAGGGAGGGGGAGGAGGAGGAGGAUUCAGCAGGGAGGAGAAGGUGGCAAAGAGCUUCCUAGGGUUAGAGGCAGAUGCUUGGAAUUUAGAGUGGUAGAAAGUGGCUUUAGCAGCAGAAACAGAGGAAGAAAAUGUAGAGAGGAGGGAGUGAAAAGAUGCCAGGUCCGCAGGGAGUCUAGUUUUCCUCCAUUUCCGCUCGGCUGCCCGGAGCCCUGUUCUGUGAGCUCGCAAUGAGUCGUCAAGCCACGGAGCAGGAGGGGAGGACCGAGCCGGCUGGGAGGAUCAAAUCAAAUCAAAUCACAUUUUAUUGGUCACAUGCGCCGAAUACAACAGGUGCAGACAUUACAGUGAAAUGCUUACUUACAGCCCUUAACCAACAGUGCAUUUAUUUUUAACAAAAAAAGUAAAAAUAAAACAACAACAAAAAAAGUGUUGAGAAAAAAAAGAGCAGAAGUAAAAUAAAGUGACAGUAGGGAGGCUAUAUAUACAGGGGGAUACCGUUGCAGAGUCAAUGUGCGGGGGCACCGGCUAGUUGAGGUAGUUGAGGUAAUAUGUACAUGUGGGUAGAGUUAAAGUCACUAUGCAUAAAUAAUUAACAGGGGACAUAGAGAGUCAAAGGAUGCAGAAAGGGAGGAGAGGAGGGUUGAGGAGGCAGAUUUAGGAGAUUGGAGGGAGAAGGAUUGAGCAGAGGGAAGAGAUGAUAGGAUGGAAGAGGAGAGAGUAGCAGGAGAGAGAGAGCGAAGGUUGGGACGGCACAUUACCAUCUGAGUAGGGGCAGAGUGAGUAGUGUUGGAGGAAAGCGAGAGAGAAAAUGAUACAAAGUAGUGGUCUGAGACUUGGAGGGGAGUUGCAGUGAGAUUAGUAGAAGAACAGCAUCUAGUAAAGAUGAGGUCAAGCGUAUUGCCUGCCUUGUGAGUAGGGGGGACGGUGAGAGGGUGAGGUCAAAAGAGGAGAGGAGUGGAAAGAAGGAGGCAGAGAGAAAUGAGUCAAAGGUAGACGUAGGGAGGUUAAAGUCACCCAGAACUGUGAGGGGUGAGCCAUCCUCAGGAAAGGAACUUAUCAAGGCGUCAAGCUCAAUGAUGAACUCUCCAAGGGAACCUGGAGGGCGAUAAAUGAUAAGGAUGUUAAGCUUGAAUGGGCUAGUGACUGUGACAGCAUGGAAUUCAAAUGAGGAUAUAAACAGAUGGGUCAGGGGAGAAAGAGAGAAUGUCCACUUGGGAGAGAUGAGGAUUCCUGUGCCACCACCCCGCUGACCAGAUGCUCUCGGGGUAUGCGAGAACACAUGGUCAGACGAGGAGAGAGCAGUAGGAGUAGCAGUGUAACUGACAGGCAUAAUGCAAUUUCUACCUGGGUUAAUCCCUAAUCAAACUAAAAAUGGAUGUGCUGAUCCACCAUGGGCUCUGCCGCCUCAGCCAUACUGUCAAUCUAUCAUCAAUACCUCCACUCCUAUUUAUAGAGUUUAUCUGGUGAUCUCAACAAAACUACUUUUAAUGUCGUGAUCACGAGAAAAUUAUCUUGUGAUCUCGACAAAAAAACGUUUAUGUCCUGAUCGCAAGAAAAUGUUUUUGUGAUGUCUGAAUGAGGGAGUUUUUCAAAUCCUCUCUGGACUUCCAUGAUUGAAACAGAAUACAGGAAGGCUAUAAAGUUUGUUAACACCAUCUGCUCUAAUUUGCUCCCAAAACAGUAAUUCAAUGCAGAUUUGGACGUUUCACCGUAAAACGUGAAGAAUUCCCAUUCACGAGACAGUGAUGAUGGCCUAUAUUGAAAAUGAGGUAUUCCUAACUUGGUGUUUGAGGGUAGGCCUAUUGGAAAUAUAACAUGUUCAUGAGACAGUAUGUGUGGGUAUAGGCAGACGUUGCAAUUGGAGGAUGCAUUUUAUGCAUAUUCUAUAAUUAUAUUCAAUAGGCUACAUCUGUCUGUACAAACUUUGAGAAAUUAUGAUGUCAUUAACAUUUUUAUUGCGCUCCGGCACCUAAAACAAUUAGCACUACACCAUGAGCGGGAGGGUGACAAAAAAAAGCUACACUGUACCACGAAUGUCCCGCGAAAUCAUCACGCAUUUGGGUAUUUUAAAUGUGGUCACCCUUCUGUUGACGUGACUGCUGUGUGCCUGUGCCAGUACAUAGACUGGUCAGUGAGUACAUAGACUGGUCAGUGAGUCACAGUCUGAGACUGUGUCCUGUGUGUCUGUGUCGGUUUCUCCUGUGUUCUCAGUCUGCCUGUGUGUUGUGUUGUGUUAUGUUGCAUGCUAGGCGUCGGAGCGCAACCUGCCCCCUCCUCCUCAGGAGCAGCAGUCCCUUCAUGAACGCAUCCUCGCUGAAAUCAAACAGGAGCGCAAACUGAAGCCUGUGGACCCACCCAGCUCCAAGAGAUGUAUGGGCAUCACAGCCAGUGCAUUAACACUUAGAACUAUAUGGGUCGUUCUUGAAUUAUGGUGGCAUUUGGGCAUGGCAUUUUGGAAGAAAUUAAGUUUUGUAUAAUUGUUUUUAUUUAAAUGUAUUUGGGUACAUAUUCCCAUUCUACAUCAACUACUAUGGUAGCUUAAUGACUUUAAAUCAUUUGUACCAUUAUGAUAACAUUGUGCCACCAGUAGGAGUAGUAACACCAGUAAUGGUAAAACCAAUUAGACAUUUUAGCUAAAUGAGGAUAUUCUGAAAUGGAGGCCACAAAGAUGGUCAUACCAUGGAUUAUUUAGAAUUUGGCUUUUACUAAUAUAGCCUAUAGAAACGCAUUGAAUAACAUAUAUAAAUGGAAAAAAAGACAGUCAAAAAAUAAAUCAUGAGGAAUAAGGUUUUGAAGUGUCAGUCCUAUAUCUAGGAGAUAUAAGAAAGUUCAGGAAUUGUUUUUUUGGACACAUAUUUAACUCCUUAUUUUUGUUGGCACAAAACUACCUACAUACUUCCAUUCGUUUGUAUGGGUUACCUUCAGAUGAGUCCCAUGACACUUGUGCAUGACGAAGAGCAAAACGGAGAACACCACCGUGUUCGUGAGAGUCUCCCCUUUUCAUAGAGUGGUCAAAACCGCUCGGACGCUACAGACGUUUUCGUGAGAAGACCGACUUUCAAAAUGUCUCAUGGUCUGACAAACACCGCUGUAACUCGGCCACCUUCCUCCGCAGAUGUGGAUGCGGUGGAUUGAGACACAGCCCAUGCCAAAAAAUAUAUAUAUCUUUAGCUUAAACUGACGGAUUUUAAUGCAGAUUUUUUUAUUAUGUUACUAGAAUUGACGCACGGGCUGCUCCCAGGUGGUAAGGGUAGGCAACAACACGUCUGCCACGCUGACCCUCAACAGGGGGGUCCCUCAGGGGUGCGUGCUUAAUUCCCUUCUGUACUCCCUAUUCACCCACGACUGUGUGGCCGCGCACGACUCCAACACCAUCAUUAAGUUUGCUGACGACACGACCGUGGUAAGCCUGAUCACCGACGACGAUGAGACAGCCUAUAGGGAGAAGGUCAGAGACCUGGCAGUGUGGUGCCAGGAUAACAACCUCUCCCUCAACGUCAGUGAGACAAAGGAGCUGAUCGUGGACUACAGGAAACGGAGGGCCGAGCACGCCCCCAUUCACAUCGACGUGGCUGAAGUGGAGCUGGUCGAGAGCUUCAAGUUUCUCCGUGUCCACAUCACUAAGGAUCAUUCAUGGUACACACACACCAACACAGUCAUGAAGAGGGCACGAUAACGCCUCUUCCACCUCAGGACUCUGAAAAGAUUUUGCAUGGGCCCUCAGAUCGUCAAAACGUUCUACAGCUGCACCAUUGAGAGCAUCUUGACUGACUGCUUCACCGCUUGGUAUGGCAACUGCUUGGCAUCCGACUGCAAGGCACUACAAAGGGUAGUGCGUACGGCCCAGUAUAUCCUGUCAUCCAGGACCUCUAUACCAGGCGGUGUCAGAGGAAAACCCUAAAAAUUAUCAAAGACUCUAGCCACCCAAGUCAUAGACUGUUUUCUCUGCUACCGCACUGCAAGUGGUACCGAUGCACCAAGUCUGGAAUCAACAGGACCCUGAACAGCUUCUACCCCCAAGCCAUAAGACUGCUUAAUAAUUAGUUAAAUAGUUAAACCACAGGAGGCUGGUGGCACCUUAAUUGCGGGCUCGUGGUAAUGGCUGGAUUGGAAUAGGUGGGAUGGUAUCAAAUACAUCAAACACAUGGUUUGAUGCCAUUCCAUUUGCACCUUUCUAGCCAUUAUUAAGAGCUGUCCUCCGCUCAGCAGCCUCCACUGUAGUUAACCAAAUAGCUACCCGGACUAUCUGCAUUAAACCCUUUUUGCACUAACUAUUUGUUUUACUCAUCAGAUACGUUGCUGCUACUGUUUAUUAUCUAUCCUGUUGCCCAGUCACUUUAUUCCUAUUUAUACACUGCAUUCGGAAAGUAUUCAGACCCCUUGACUUUGUCCACAUUUUGUUACGUUACAGCCUUAUUCUAAAAUUGAUUAAAUUGUUAUUUUUUCUCAUCAAUCUACACACAAUGCCACAUAAUAACAAAGCAAAAACAGGUUUUUAUAAAUUUUUGCAUAUUAAUCAAAUGAAAAAACGGAAAUAUCACAUUUACAUAAGUAUUCAGACCCUUUACUCAGUACUUUGUUGAAGCACCUUUGGCAGUGAUUACAGCCUUGGGUAUGACGCUAUAAGGUUGGCACACCUGCAGAUCCUCUCAAGCUCUAUCAGGUUUGAUGGGGAGCGUCGCUGCACAGCUAUUUUCAGGUCUCUCCAGAGAGGUUAGAUCGGGUUCAAGUCUGGGCUCUGGCUGGGCCACUCAAGGACAUUCAGAGACUUGUCCCGAAGCCACUCCUGCGUUGUCUUGGCUGUGUGUUUAGGGUCGUUGUCCUGUUGGAAGGUGAACCUUCACCCCAGUCUGAGGUCCAGAGCGCUCUGGAGCAGGUUUUCAUCAAGCAUCGCUCUGUACUUUGCUCCAUUCAUCUUUCCCUUUAUCCUGACUAGUCUCCCAGUCCCUGCCGCUGAAAAACAUCCCCACAGCAUGAUGCUGCCACUACCAUGCUUCACACCGUAGGGAUGGUGCCAGGUUUCCACCAGACGUGACGCUUGGCUUUCAGGCCAAAGAGUUCAAUCUUGGUUUCAUCAGACCCGAGAAUCUUGUUUCUCAUGGUCUGAGAGUCCUUUAGGUGCCUUUUGGCAAACUCCAAACGGGCUGUCAUGUGCCUUUUACUGAGGAGUGGCUUCUGUCUGGCCACUCUACCAUAAAGGCCUGAUUGGUGGAGUGCUGCAGAGAUGUUUGUCCUUCUUAAAGGUUCUCCCAUCUCCACAGAGGAACUCUGGAGCUCCCCCGAUUGCUCAUUUUGGCCAGGUGGCCAGCUCUAGGAAGAGUCUUGGUGGUUCCAAACUUCUUCCAUUUAAGAAUGAUGGAGGCCACUGUGUUCUUGGGGACCUUCAAUGCUGCAGAAAUUGUUUGGUACCCUUCCCCAGAUCUGUGCCUCGACCCAAUCCUGUCUCGGAGCUCUACGGACAAUUCCUUUGACCUCAAGGCUUAGUUUUUGCUCUGACAUGCACUGUCAACUGUGGGACCUUAUAUAGACAGGUGUGUGCCUUUCCAAAUCAUGUCUAAUCAAUUGAAUUUACCACAGGUGGACUCCAAUCAAGUUGUAGAAACAUCUCAAGGAUGAUCAAUGGAAACAUGAUUCUCCUGAGCUCAAUUUCGAGUCUCAUAGAAAGGGUCUGAAUACUAAUGUAAAUAUGGUAUUUCUGUUUUUUAUUUUUAAUACAUUUGCAAACAUUUCUAAAAAACCUGUUUUUGCUUUUUCAUUAUGGGGUAUUGUGUGUAGAUUGAUGAGGAUUUUUUGUUAUUUAAUCAAUUUUAGAAUAAGGCUGUAACGUAACAAAAUGUGGAAAAAGUGAAGGGGUCUGAAUACUUUCCAAAUGCAGUGUAUGUACAUAUCUAUCUCAAUUACCUCAUACCCCUGAACAUCGACUGAUACCCCGUCUAUAUAGCCAAGUUAUCAUUACUCAUUGUGUAUUUAUUACUUUUAUUAUUACGUGUUUUACUUUUAUAUGAUUUCUCUCUGCAUUUUUGGGAAGGAUCCGUAAGUAAGCAUUUCACUGUUAGUCUACACCUGUUGUUUACGAAGCAUGUGACGAAUAAAAGUUGAUUGGACUAUUUGUCAUUUUAAAGUGUUUUUCAUGGUUGCAAAGGCAAGGGACGCUACAAUUCAAGAACGACCCAUAGCAUCUACCUAGCAUGGCAUGUAUUCUAAAUGUGUUUGAGAGUUCAGUGUUUGUGUGUUGUUUCAUUCCCCAGCGUUUGGCUCCCUGCCCUGUCUGGCACCCACCUUCCCGUGUGAUUUCAAAUCUACUUCCUGCAUUGACCUGUCAGUCUCAGAGCUUAGGUCCCAACCCCCAUCUCGUCCUCGUGUUCUGCUCAAAGCUCCUACUCUUCAAGAGAUGGAGGAGAUGAAUAUUUUUGAGGUGAGAGGAAAGAGAGAAAAUAACAACUACAACAACAUCCACCAACAAAGCCUCUCACACAAGCAGUCAUGUUCCAUUUCCUCCUCCUCCUGUCUUGUUGUUGCUGCAGGAUGAGGAGUCUUCAGGAGAGCUCUGCCGGGCUGAGAGUUUACCCACAUCCAUGAAACGGGACCGCUCCUUCUCAGAACAUGACCUGGCUGAGCUCAGGGGGGAGAUGCUCCCCUCACUGUCCGAAUCCGCCAAUCUGGGAGGGGCUGUGAUGCGGAGGGGAGAGAGACCACGGUCACGCACGCUCUCAGGGGCUGGGUCGCGCCCCACGCACAGAGGUCAGUAUGCUCACUGAGCCUCCUCUCACUGCAGACAGUUUCAGGUCUUGGUCAACAGAGGGAGACAUUUACUGUAAUAUGUAUUCAUUUGAUACUGUAGCUCCAGUCAUUAAGCUACUUACUGUAAUACUGUUUAUGAAACAGAUAUAUUGGUAAUUUUGUCAGAUCAAAUAUUUAUUUAUGUUGGAAAGCAAGCCUGACAAAAAAAUCAUAUAAUUGCAAAUAAAAAAAAAUUGGUGUAAACUGUAAAAAAAAAAAAAAAAAAAAAAAAAAAAAAUGCUAUAGAGUUAAAAAAUUAAAAUAACAAGGUUUGGUAUAUUGUUUAUAUCUUAUUGAAUGUCUGAGGUAAUCACAUAUAAUGUAUGUCAAUUCAUUCCGUAAGUUGGUUACAAUGAUUUGUUGCUCAUGUUGAAAGGCAUUACUGCUGGUGUAGUCUCGUAUUCCAUACCUUCAAAAUCACGUUGUUGUCACACCUCCCGUGUUAGGGAAGCCUGGUUCGCAGCUACUGCUGGGGUGUAAUUUCAUUUUAAGGGCUUCAUGAUGGAUAUAAUCAACUUAUAAAGCUGUACAGAUAGGAAUUAUAUCAGUAUAAUGCUAGGAGGAAAACAGCUAAUGGGUUUGAUUGAUUUCUUACGCCCCUUGAUUUGUGAGAUAAGGGAGAUGUGUUGACCAUAGCUAGUUAGUAAGUAAGUAAAGUAGCCUUGCACAAGGCCUUGCACAAGUCUUAGCCAGAACGGAGGCACUUACCCCCAAUCUAUCUCCUUAACUCCCAACCUUCCAAUCUCAGGGCGGACACUGUAAUCACAAGGCGACUGAGUGGUUUUGACCAUAGCUAGAAGAGAACAAAAACUAAUGGGGGUUCAGUGAUGUGUAGCUUACUGUUCUAGGGGAAUGUCAACCCCUUCUCAUCACAGACUUGUCCAAAAUGUAAUGAUGAGCAGCUGAUUUACAUUAGCCUACAUUUAGCCUGCUGUUGUUUUCUAGUUGUCUGGUCCUAGCUCUAACCCUAAGACUUGGCUGUGGUUAAACGCCAUAGGAGUCUACAGCCAUGUCUCAUGGUUAGUCCUCGCUCCUGCUUCCUUUACAUUUAGCAUAAUGAAGGAAUUGGCACUUAUUUAAUCUUAGAGUCUACAUCACAUACAAAGUCUUACUACCAAUACCUAGCCUAAAUUUAAUUUACCCCAAUUUAGUUCCCCUCUUGAAAGUCAAAAAAGAAUCUGCUGUGAUCUCCUUUGCAAGUGUUCCUGCAUGCGUUAUACUCCACCAAAAACAAACAGAUAAAACCACUAGAUAUCACCACUAAUUUAUUUCAUUGACAGCUCGUUUUUAGCCUAUAGCUUUGGAUGUUCAGAGCUCUGACUCAACAGAAGGACAUGGACUGAGAGUCAAAGCUUUCUUCCUAUUCCUCUCUCUCCUCUGUCUGUCUCCAUCUCCCUGUUCUAAGCCUCUCUUCCUGUGCCAGGCUGGGUGCCCCCCUCCCCUGCCCGUAUCUCUCUCAGCUCAGUGGAUGAGACCACAGAAGGGGCAGAGACUGGCUCCAGCUCUCGGAGUGGCUAUAAACACCAGUGGAUGGUGAGUGGCCCAUUGUCUUUGAUCAGCUCUCCACACUGCUUCCCCUGGGUGUUUUCUGCUUCACUUCAACCUGACCUGACUAUUCUAUGCAAUCUCCUCUCUACCUACUCAACCCCUCUCUCUAUCCCUGUGAAGGAGGAAUUCAGUCACCCAGUAGAGAGUCUUGCCUUAACAGUUGAUGAGGUCAUCAAUGUGCGUCGUGUGCUGGUGAAAGCAGAGAUGGAGAAGUACCUGCAGAACAAGGAACUGUAUUACAAUCUGAGGAGAGGCAAGGUACAGGCAGUUACGUCACAUCCUUUCAUAUUGUUCUCUCAAAGCCUUAUGAUCGAGGUUCUAUCUACAGUAUAUGUAUGUCUCUCCCAGGUGUGCUGUUGCUGCAGAAUUAAGUUCCCCCUCUUUUCCUGGCCAUCCACCUGCCUGCUCUGUAAAAGGUCAGUAAACACUACACAGUAUGUAGUAUUAUGUUAGCACAUGCACCUUUUGAAAUAACACCUUAUUCAAUUAAUUUAAACUUGGUCAAGAAGCACAAGAAUGAUGUUGCUUUUUAUAUACCAUUGUGGGUUUGAUUGAAUAGCGCCAUAUGUUUUGUUGGCAGUGUAAUUCAGGGGAUUCUUAGCUCUGUCCCUGUGGUUCUCUAUCCUUCAGGUCUGUCUGUGGAUCCUGCAGUGCAAAGGUAUCCUACAGCCCCUUCCUCUUUGUCAGUGUAAAUGCGAAUUCAUGUUUUUUGAAUGUGUAAUGUUUUCCCAGUGCUUUCUGCUAAUGUGGUUUGUAUUCAAUAUACAGUAUAUAUCAUUAUACGAGCAAAAUAUGUUCUGUGGUGGCUCAUAAUAUUAUUCUGUGCUUUUAAUCAUGUCAAUUAUUUUAAUUUGUCCCUCAGUCAUUAGACCAUUUGGAUUUGUGGUUCUGUGCUAUGUAGGUUUGAGGUCAGGGCUGUUGUAAUUUGUCAUGUGAGAUUGUGGUUUGUCUUUGCUGUGUAGUUCUGUGUUUUGUAAGUUCAUGGUUCUGAAUAUAUACUGAACAAAAAUAUAAACGCAACAUGCAACAAUUUCAACGGUUUUACUGAGUUAGAGUUCAUAUAAGGAAAUCAGUCAAAUGAAAUAAAUUCAUUAGGCCCUAAUCUAUGGAUUUCACAUGACUGGGCAGGGGCGCAGCCAUUGGUGGGCCUGGGAGGGCAUAGGCCCACCCACUUGGGAGCCAGGACCACCCACUGGGGAGCCAGGCCCAGCCAAUCAGAAUGAUUUUUCCCCCACAAAAGGGCUUUAUUACAGACAGAAAUACUCCUCAGUUUCAUCAGAUGUCCGGGUGGCUGGUCUAAGACGAUCCCACAGGUGAAGAAACUAGAUAUGGAGGUGCUGAGCUGGCAUGGUUACACGUGGUCUGCGGUUGUGAGGCCGGUUGGACAUACUGCCGAAUUCUCUAAAAUGACGUUGGAGGCGGCUUAUGGUAGAGAAAUGAACAUUAAAUUAUCUGACAACAGCUCUGGCGGACAUUCCUGCAGUCAGCAUGCCAAUUGCACACUCCCUCAAAACUUGAGACAUCUGUGGCAUUGUGUUGUGUGACAAAACGGCACAUUUUAGAGUGGCCUUUUAUUGUCCCGAGCACAAGGUGCACCUGUGUAAUGAUCAUGCUGUUUAAUCAGCUUCUUGAUAUGCCACACCUGUCAGGUGGAUGGAUUUUCUUGGCAAAGGAUAAAUGCUCCCUAACAGGGAUGUAAACACAUUUGUGCACAACAUUUCAGAGAAAUAAGCUUUUUGUGCGUAUGGAACAUUUCUAGGAUAUUUUGUGUCAGCUCAUGAAACAUGGGACCAACACUUUACAUGUUGUGUUUAUAUUUUUGUUCAGUAUAGUUUGUGAUUGUACUUUGAGGUUCUGUUGUGUGUUCUCUUGUGGUUGAUGUUUUGUGACAUUGUUUCUCCCUCAUACACGCAGCUCUGUGUUAUCUAAUAUUUCCUAAUCAUAUCAAGUCUGCCAUUUCCUCUUCACUUUCUCCUGCCGAUACGAUCUCUCUCAGUUCUUUAAAUGUCCUACUCCUCCUCCUCUUCCUCCUCACCCAUGCCCAUUUGAACUAUCUAUUUUCCCUCACCCUCUGCCACAGAUGAAGAUUCCUUCCAAGAAGAUGGCCCACAUCCCAGUCUACACUGUGGGCUUUCACAGCAGCCCAAAGAGCCAUGGUCACAAGAGUGAGGUCUACAAGUGAGUCUUGUCUGCCUGAACAGUAUAUAUUUCAGUCUAUUUUAGUUACUUCAUGGCCACUGAAAUGGAUCUCAUUACCUCAGCAGAGGAAGUCUUUGCUCACCCCAGCCAAUAGUAUCUCACAUGCUUAAUCCAAUCACUGGCCAUCCUCUAGAUCUCUCAGCAUUUGUUAUGUAACGCCUCCGCUUCACCCAGAACUCUAAGCAGCCAUUAUGUAAUAAUUACCCAACUGAUUGCUCCACAGUCAGUCUUUAAUAUCCCCCUUUAGGCCACUAUAGAUGGGUAGGGCCUGGAGUUGUUCCAAACCAUGUGCCCUGACCGGGAAAAUCUCCAGGCCUAUGUGACCUGAUCAGAUUGUUCCUGGUCAUGUUAUAUACUCAGAGCACUCCACUGAAGGGUUAUAACACCUCUCUCCCUCUGCACAGAUCUUUGCGUACUCUCUCCCGCCGGUCUGUGGAGGAGGAGUUCCCCCACCUGUACGCCCAUGGCUGCAGCCUGCGGGAUGUCUGUGCGGACUGCACCAAGUUUGUGGCUGAUGUCAUCUCGUCCAGCCGCAAGAGCCUGGACAUCCUCAACAACACUCCCAAGUGGGAGAGUGCUAUGCCCAAGCCACACCCCCAACCUCAUGCAUCACCACAUCCGCCCACCUUGAAGAGGAAGAACAAGUGA